AUGGCAAUGAUUAAGAACAGUAUCCGGGAGUACAAGCUGGUAGUUGUCGGUGGCGGCGGUGUCGGCAAGUCCGCGCUGACGAUUCAGUUGAUACAGUCGCACUUCGUGGACGAGUACGACCCAACAAUCGAGGACUCGUACCGCAAGCAGGUUGUGAUUGACGGGCAGGUGUCCAUUUUGGACAUCCUGGACACUGCGGGCCAGGAGGAAUACUCUGCGAUGCGCGAGCAGUACAUGCGGACGGGAGAGGGCUUCCUGCUGGUGUACUCCGUGACGUCGCGGACGUCGUUCGAGGAGCUGAUGACCUACUACCAGCAGAUUCUUCGUGUGAAAGACGUUGAGUAUGUGCCAAUUUUCGUGGUGGGCAACAAGUCGGACCUCGAGGGGGAGCGCCAAGUUUCCUUCGAGGAAGGCGCAGAGCUGGCGCGCCAUUUCAACGCGUCGUUCCUGGAGACCUCUGCGAAGCAGGCCAUCAACGUCGAGGAGUCGUUCUACGGGUUAGCCCGGCUUGUGCGCGAUGACGGCAUACACGCAGGCAAGCGCCUGGAAAGCAGUCCUGAGGACCCCGCAAACGCCGCGGGCGCGGAGCCCAGCGCCGGCUACAGCAAAGACGACAACGCCCUGGACCCCGAGGCCGUACAGGGCACCUUGGCCAACUCUUCCGUGGGCAGCCGCGCGCCUGGCGCCGUUGACCACAAGGGCGAGACCUCCGCGGUCAGCGGCUCGCUGCGGUCCUCCCGCGCGCAGCAGCAGUCGCUGAACACCGACGGCGUCGCUGCCAAGAAGAGCACCGGCUGCUGCGUGAUCCUUUGA